UACUCUUUUGUCCAUUUUCAUGUUUUCUUUCAAAAGGCGAAGAUCCAGAGCAAGUUUUCGAACAACUGUUAAAAAAAAAAACUGGCAAAAUGUAAAUCUGCGGGGAAAUCACUGCACCUGAGUCAACAUCGCCGCAGAAACAAAAGCGCAAGCGAUCGACAAGUAUCCUAUGAAAUAUUCAUCACUUCUACAGACCAAUAACGACUGGCAAAAUCGCCUCCUUAGCCGCUGUUAAGAGCUGUUAAACAAGAGAUUUAAUGAGCUCUGAUCUAUGGUAGAUUAUUCGAAUAAUGGUCGAGGGCAAGCUACAGUGUUAUAGAUACCGUAUCAGCUAUAGAAGCCCUCGCAAUGUCUAUGUUUCAUCGAAAGAGCCACUCUUUAGAAGAGUUCGAUGGAGUUGUUAGUCGUUCCUCCGUAGACGAAACCAGUUAUCAUUACUCAGGAUCAACUUCGUUCAGAAGAAAAAUGAAAUCUGUCCGUGGGAUGCGAUUCCGCCCGGUUUUCCCAGCGAUAAUUGGAGUUAGCUUAGGAUUUGCGUUAUCAAUGUUCUAUAUUCCUGUUGUGGAACAGCAAUGUUUGUACGAUUUAGAAGAGUCACAAGUUUUGAUUUUGGGUCGCCAACAACCUGGUAUGUCUGACACGAGUGAAAAGCGAACUGAAGAAUCAAAGCCGGUUGUUCACAACACAGUACCGCCGAAAGUCACACACUUUAGUUAUGGGUUACGGCCAUUUUACGUUGCUAGCGAACUCGGCCAUAGAGAUAAAUUACUUGUUGGUAUUCUAACUACUGAGGAAAAUAUUGACUCGCUGGUGCUUGCUGUGAAUAACACAUGGGGGCCUUUACUACCAAAAAUUAUAUUCUUCACUCCGUUCUCGAGAGAUGUUGACUUUUCGGAAAAAUACAACAAAGUGUUGGGUCUACCAAUAGUACAACUUGCCGACGUGGAAGAUGAGAAUUUUUCCAAAACAAAAUUGUCUUUUAAAAUGUUGAAAUACAUGUACGAUCAUUAUGCUAAUAAUUAUGAAUGGUUUAUGCGUGUCGAAGACUCCAUGUAUCUAAAACCAGAGAAACUUCUCGAGUUGCUCAAUAGCGUGAACAGUUCAAAGGAUGUUUAUCUUGGCCGUCCAGGAUCAUACAGGGCGAAGGGAGGAGACAAUGGAGAUGAUAAUUUGUACUCUAAUGAUAAGUAUUGUUAUGGUGGUACAGGAAUUGCUCUUUCAAGAAGUGCUUUGAUGAAACUUUCCCCUCAUUUGGAAAACUGCCUAGAGAACGCAUUGACGGAACAAGAAGACGUAGAGCUCGGCCGAUGCCUUUUGAAGAAUGUCCAAUUGCAGUGCACAUGGAGUUAUGAGGCAGAAGAUCUCUUUUAUCAUUUCCCCAAAGACACUGGUGAAACCAAGAUCAUAAAUCUCAUCAAAGAAAGGAGAAUGGCUCGUACCAUCUCCCUGCAUCCUGUCAGCAAUCCACUCCUCAUGUAUAAAAUUCAUCGCUACUUCGCUGAGCUAGAGCUGAACAAAACAUUUGUUGAAACAAGAACUCUUCAGAAUGCAAUUAAAGAUAUGCUACCAUAUUUACCAGAAGGUGUUCCAGAAAAGAGACCAUCAUGGCCGAUUGGUUUCCGUCAACCGUUUAAACCUCAGUCACGUUUCGAGGUGUUGCAAUGGGAAUAUUUCACAGAUACGUCAAGUUACGGAUUCACAGAGGUCAAUCCUAAGGUACCUUUGCAGGGGGAUUACAAGAAAGACGUCGAGGACGUCAAAGAAACGGCCAUCAAAAUGUUGACACGAGAAUACUCUAACGUAAACAAGCAGUUCCUUCUGAUGAAUGGCUACCGACGAGUUGAUCCAAGAAGAGGAGCUGAGUACAUCCUGGAUAUUGGAAUCAAGCCAGGUGCUGCGGAGAACAGGGGAACUGGGAAAGAGGCAGAUAUGACAAUCAGACGAGUUCAUCUUCUGAGGCCGUACACCAUGGUGGAAAAUAUCCUAAUGCCGACUGCUAUCGAGCAACGUGGAAUCCACCUCGUUCUUCCCGUCCUUCGGAACGACACCAAAAGAUUGGAUGACUUUUUUCAGAUGUAUCAGAAAGUUUGCUUACAGACUGGAGAAAAUGUGGUACUACUCACUGUAUUUGUGAAUGUUAGGGACGCAGGCCAAGAGAAAAACAAAGGGGACAUAUUUGCUGAUGGAAAAGCGAUUAUUGCACGGUACAAACAGAAAUACACUUGGGCGCAGUUGCCGUGGAUACAGAUUGGAGUCAAGUACAACUCCCUUACGUUGCUCAUGGACAUUGUUACCAUGAAGCUUCCAGCCAAUGCACUGAUCUUUCUCGCAGCUCUUGAAGUCGAGUUCAACGUAAAUUUUCUUAGCAGGUGCAGAGUGAAUGCACUUAGUGGUGAGCAGGUAUUCUUCCCCAUUCCCUUUGCGUAUUAUGAUCCAGCCAUUGUAUUCCGCCAAGCGAAGAUCCCGGAUGUAAUACCCGUUCAUAAGGACACGGGGCACUGGGCACCAGGACCGAGAAAAAUGGCUUGUUUCGAUAACAAAGACUAUAAAGACAUUAGGAUAAAUAGUGACGACUUCCUUAAAGAAGAAAAAUCACAAAAAUUGCAAUUGAUGGAGGUGUUCGCUGCUAGUUCUUUACACGUGUUCCAAGCAGUCGACAUUGAUUUGAGGAAACGAUAUGAACAUGUAACAUGUGAUCCUCAUCUUAAAGAAGACGAAUACAACACAUGUUUGAAAUUCAAGGCAGAAGGCAUGGCUUCUCGCUCACAACUCGCUCUCCUAGUGUUUGAGAUGGAACAAAAGAGUCAGGGAAAUGGAGCCACAGAGUUUCAUCAGUUACGUUAGUCACACUCGUUAUCAAGUAUCCUCAUACGCCAAUUAGCACUUAAUGACUGGCGAAGCUGAGGGGAACAGUUAGAGUCGGAGGGGGGGGGGGGGGGGUAAGGGGAACAAACUCACGGUUUUCCGGAAGGCCAGUUUUUAAGUGUUUUGUUAUACCUUACAACUCAAUAAUAGUACGAUGACUGAAAAUAUAUAUUUAUUUUUCUUGACGUGGGCUAGCACACAUACUUGUCGGGGCUGCAAGAUGCAAGACCUGGUCAAGUGUGAGUCAAAAAUUCAAGUUGUGAUACCCCUAGGGAAGGGAGUUUUGACCCAUCGCACGUGAUACUUUCUCCUCCAAUUGGAAAAAGUAUUUGAGUUGAGGGGUAUAACAACGUCAUUUGUCUUCAUUUUCUUCUCUUGAAGAUUACGCGACAUUCACUUUCCACACCUGAAGAAUACGAAACCAAAAAUUGCCCACAAAUAUUUAAUUUUUUCCUGGUAUUUGAACGGAGUGUAUGCAUGCAGGUCAUGAAGACAGAGCGACGUUCCAAUAGUUAGACACAUUAAUAAUAAUAAUAAAAAAAUGAUCGGAAUCCAGUGAAUUGGAUAGUAGUAACGUUCUUGACGAAGCUAGGACAUAUUGUAUUCUCUGAUGGGGUCGAAAAUAUUUUCUUUUCUCGGAAAAUGGCUGUGUUACGAAAUCACAGAUUAAGUAUUUGACGACCUCGCUCAAGAAUUUGACUUAACAUUAGAAGUAGCAGCCCCUGUUAGCAAAAGGGGCUAUCUUAUCUCUAUUUCUUUGAUGUAUUAUUAUUUAUAAAACUCAUUUAACGGACAAAUUGCUAAGAUGCAUGUGUGGCUAUGUGUAAAGCCUAUAAGCACAAAAAUUCAAAGAUAACACGAAGUACUUAUCGACAAAUGUGAGAAAAGUUACGAAACGCAGAUACGUUUAAUAGGUAAUAAUUCUUGCUGUUCAUUUUAGGAAACUAGUUUACAAUAACAAAAAUUAUCAUGCAUUUGAAAAAAGGUUUUGGUAGUUUUUUUUUUGACUGGUGACAAAAACAGCUAUCAUCUCAUCUCAUAAAUAAAGGUGAGAACUUCUUUGGUA